AUGAGGCAAAUGGUGCUUUUUGGUGCGGCGGCGCUGCUACUCAGCCCUCUUGCAGCGAGCAGUAACGUUAUUGUCGAGUCCCUACCUAGUGUUCCAGAUGGAUGGCAGCUAGUCAAGAAGGCCAAUUCCUCGUCAGUAAUUCGGCUACGGGUCGCACUCGAGUCACCCAACGUGACCAGCGGACUAUUCGAGAAAACGCUCCUUGAGAUUUCUUCGCCGACUCAUCCUUCUUAUGGCCAGUAUCUGUCAAGAGAGCAAGCCAAAGAUCUCGUACAGCCACGGCAAGAGUCUACAGAUGCCGUUCUGGCGUGGCUCGAAUCUGCUGGAAUCCCCGACCAGAACAUCGAGAACGUGGGCGACUGGAUCAAUUUUAGACUUACAGUGGCCGAGGCAGAACGCCUACUAAAUGCUGAUUUCAACAUUUACAGCCAUGGUAACUCGAGCGGCUUGAAGGCCCGCACACUAGAAUACUCGGUGCCACAAGCCAUCAGGCCUCACAUUACGACGAUACAACCUACAACGGUAUUCAGUCGUAUGCGGAAAAACAUGAGCGGAAUAGCCAAGUAUGAACAAAUUCCGGAUCCGGAAGGGUUAUCGUCGAUUUUGGAUUCGUCGGUACUCACGAUCAACAAGACGGAAGCUCUCAAGGUAUGCAAUUACUUGAUCGUUCCGAAUUGCUUAAGGCUUUUAUACAACAUUGGAAAUUAUACCGCGAAGCCAGCCGCAAAGACAAUCUUUGGCAUCAGUGGCUUUCUCGAGGAAUAUGCCAAUUAUGAAUUUCUGGAUACUUUCUUGGAAAAAUACGCAUCGCUAUCUUCUAAUCAGACCUUUACCACCGCCUUGGUCAACGGUGGCGACGACUACCAAGAUGGGACGGACGAUCAGGAGGCCAACCUGGAUAUACAAUAUGCUGCAGCGCUAGGUUUCAAUACGGAUCUCCGGUUCUAUUCGGUUGGAGGGCGCGGACCUUUGAUCCCAGAUCUAGACCAACCGUACGCGGAUCAAAAUAUGGUCGAGCCGUAUCUGGAGCUCCUCACAUACUUGCUCAAUCUGACCGACGCAGAGUUGCCAACUACCCUGAGCACCUCGUACGGCGACAAUGAGCGCGAGCUGCCGCUCGCCUACGCGCAACAGGUCUGCACGAUGCUGGGCCAGCUCGGCGCCCGCGGCGUGAGCAUCAUCUUUGCGUCGGGGGACACGGGGCCUGGCUCGGCCUGCCAGACCAACGACGGGACCGAGACCCCGCGGUUCACGCCCACGUUUCCGGCCAGCUGCCCCUACAUCACCACCGUGGGCGGCACCGCCGGCGUGCUGCCCGAGCUGGCCGUGUCCUUUUCCUCGGGCGGCUUCAGCGAUUAUUUUCCGCGCCCGGCCUACCAAGACGCCGCCGUCUCGGCGUACCUGCAGCAACUCGGCCCGAAUGUCUUUGCCGGCCUGUACAACACCUCUGGCCGCGGGUUCCCCGACGUCGCGGCCCAGGGCAACGGCUUUCGCAUCGUGGAUAAUGGGGCCGUGGCAUCAAUCAGCGGAACGUCGGCGGCGGCACCGACCUUUGCGGCCAUUAUUUCGCUCGUCAAUAAUGCCCUGGUGGCUGCCGGCCGGAAGCCGCUCGGCUUUCUCAACCCUUGGUUAUACAGCGUGGCCGGCCCGGCGGGUGCCCUGACUGACAUUACGCAAGGCGGCAGCCGAGGAUGUGGCCCCUAUAGCGAUUAUUCUGGACUGCCGACGCCCGAAAUCAUUGGCGCUGGAUGGAAUGCGACGGCAGGUUGGGAUCCAGUGACUGGGCUGGGCACUCCACUGUUCAAUAAACUCUUGGUGCAUGCGUUCCUAAAUACUACAUCAUGA